AUGGGAAACCAAACUGCUGUCUCAGAAUUCAUUCUCUUGGGCCUACCCAUUGAUCCAAAGCAGCGAGACCUGUUCUAUGCCCUGUUACUGGCCAUGUAUGUUACCACCGUCCUAGGGAAUCUUCUCAUCAUCAUCCUCAUUUGUCUGGACUCCCACCUCCACACACCCAUGUAUUUGUUUCUCAGCAAUUUAUCCUUCUCUGACCUCUGCUUCUCGUCUGUCACAAUGCCCAAAUUGCUGCAGAACAUGCAGAGCCAAGUCUCAUCCAUCCCCUAUGCUGGCUGCCUGACCCAGAUGUACUUCUUCCUGCUUUUUGCAGACCUGGAGAGCUUCCUCUUGGUGGCCAUGGCCUAUGACCGCUAUGUGGCCAUCUGUUUCCCCCUGCACUACACCACCAUCAUGAGCCCCAAGCUCUGUCUGUCCCUGGUGGUGCUGUCCUGGCUGCUGACUACUUUUAUCUCAUUAUUGCACACCCUGCUCAUGGCUCGGCUGUCUUUCUGUGCUGAUAAUGUGAUCCCUCACUUUUUCUGUGAUAUGUCAGCUCUGCUAAAGUUGGCCUGCUCUGACAUUCAGAUAAAUGAAAUGGUAAUCUUUAUUUUGGGAGGGCUCAUCAUUAUUGUGCCAUUUCUGUUGAUCUCUUCAUCCUAUGCACGGAUUGUGUCCUCCAUCCUCAAGGUCCCUUCUGCCAGGGGCAUCCGCAAGACCUUCUCCACCUGUGGCUCCCACCUCUCUGUGGUGUCUCUCUUCUAUGGGACAAUCAUUGGCCUCUAUUUGUGCCCAUCAGCUAAUAAUUCUAUCGUUAAUGAGAUUGUCAUGGCUGUGAUGUACACUGUUGUCACCCCCAUGCUGAACCCCUUCAUCUACAGCCUGAGGAAUCAGGACAUAAAGGGAGCUUUGGGAAGAGCCUUUUCAAAGUGGACAAUACAGCUUUUUUGGGACAGAGACUCUAAAGAUUAA